AUGACAAACUCAUCCCCUCAGCCUACAGCAGCUUCGCCUGAUCCGCAUAAGCCUCAACAAGUGCUGGAGGAUUUCACAGAAGUCCCGACUCGAGGUUCCCAGCAGGUCCCCGUUCUGACACCAGCACUGCGAUCUUCAGAUCCCUACGCUCUACAAUGGUUGCCCUCUCGUCCGCCAACUCCACCACAACCGACAUCAGCACCUGUGCAAGGACUGCAUUGUCCCCAGCCAGUCCCGUUUCAGCAACUUACCCUGGAUGGUCUGAAUAACGAUGUUCUUGCCAUCGUUAUAGACUACAUCCACGAGGAAUCCACAAUGCAGGUCUGCCACUGGAACUGGAAUAUCGGGCGCAAGGAACCGAAGACGGGCUUUGGCUUUCGUGCUAAAGGCACUUCACUUUUCUGCCUGUCACUAGUGAGCAAGAGAAUGCGAGCAAUCUCUAUUCCCAAGCUUUUCGCGCAUGUUUUCCGUUGCGCCUCUUCCAUGGGCGCCCUCAAUCGACGCUUGAGAGAUUUGGAAGGCAAUCCGCUUAUUCCAUCCCUUCCUGAGGUUCUACCAGCCAUCAAGACUCGACUUGCCAAGGCUCUUCCGAAGAUGGUGUCUCUCGUUGAGCUGUCCAUUACACAUCGUAAGGACGUCGAUAUAUCCGGCCUACGAGCGACCUUCCAGCGCCAUGAAGUUACUCUUCCCACGGUCCUACGUCUACGCAUUCUGUCACAUGGCGACUGGUCAUUCCUGGUGGAGGCCUGUCCUAACACCGAAACACUGGCUCUUGAGUACAACCUUGGUCACGAUGAUCUGAUGGAGACAGUAGCAACUCUCAAGAGAUUGAAACUUGUCGAAAUUUGCUGUGACGCGUGGCAACUGGAAGACAUACAACGCUUGCACCAGUAUUUACCAGAUCUCCAGAGCUUGGUCUUGAGAGGCGCAAUCGGCCAUGAACAGAUCAGUAGUUUCGCAACCGCUUUCGGCUUGUUUCAGAGGCUCACCGAUCUCUCCAUUACUGCCAGGCAAGAGAUCACCGAUGAAGAUGAGGAAGAGCAGUUCUCCGAUGACGAUUCAGGAGAUGGCAGCGCCGUUGGGGAUAUGUAUUGGGAACAUGAGCUCGACGAAGAGCAAAGUUUCGUAGCUAGGAGUUUCUUCGAACACUGCCAUGUACUCGAAACGCUGUCCCUGGUGCGCGUUGGCGAGACCACGCCGUGGUACCCCGUACGUGGAAACGAUGGAGCUCUCGAGUCGGUUUACUCUCCACAAAUGGACCGCCGGGCGUGGAAUGAUACCUACAUGCUGGAAAGACAGGAGCACGAUGACGAGGGCUUCCCUAGGCUCUUCACCUUUCGCCGACAAACCGAGUACGACGAAAGCUGGGAUAAUCCUAGUUAUGGGGAUCAGAGUCGUGAGGCCACGGAGCACAGGCUUAAGGAGCGAGACAGGUACUAUGCUAUCAAGCAGGAGGCUCUCGGGCUGGGCCUGUGGGAAGGAGGCUCUAGAUGGCAUGGAUAA